AAACGUAAGCAAAAUUUAUAAAACAUAAGGGUAAUAUGAUAACUUCACCUUUUAUAAAAAUUACUGGAACCCAACCUUAAUGUUCUUUCCACUUUGUGUCUCCACUUUCCUUACUGAAGUUCUCCACAGAUUUUCAUCUGUAAGGAUGCAGAGAAGAUCAAUUUCUCAGAGAUUAUCAAAACAAUAGUCAAGAAUACCAUUUCCCUGGAACACAGGUAUAUGAUUGUCUCCAGUGUCCUCAUAUUGACGGCGCACCCAUUUACCGUCAGGAUAAGAAAUUAGGUUCAUGUUAGGGCUGAGAUGUCUGACAAUUAGAAAAGCAUGAAGAUUUGAGGAACUCCAUGGUAGCUGAAAAUGGGGGGGGUUGAUGGAAAUGAACAUGAAAUUGAAGUUACUGAGUCAACUCCAGAUCUAGGGGUUUCAUCUGAAGAUGUUGAUUCGGCAGCUGAGGAAGGAACAAAUGGUUUUGCUACUAAUCACAGUAUCAAUGCUGGGGACGCUGAAAUGCAACCACCAGCUACCAAAUUAGAUCAUCAGGAGAGUCUGAAGGAAGAUAUGUUUGUUGAUGCUUCAGAUGAGUUGGAUUUGGAUAAUAACAGGAAGAAUAUUGAUGUUGAACAAGAACGACCUGUUGUCUCCAUCAAUGAAACCCAGGACGAGAGUCAUCACAUCAUGGUGGAAGCAGAAGAGGAGAAAGUUGGUACAAAGGAAUCUGGUUCUUCGCCGGUGGAGGAUUGUGGACAAACUCGUGUGUUUGUUGAUGAGGUUUCACAACUUCGGGCAAUGUUGAAUAAAGCUGUUGCUGAGAAAGACACAAUGGCGCAUGAGUAUAAGGUUGAAAGAAAUGGCUUCAUAAGAGAACUUUUUAAACUUCGUCAGAAGCUUGAGGUUAUCACUAGUCAGCAUUCGCCAGUUGAGACUGGUGAAGGGAAAGCUGAGAAUCAUCACCAGGAAGAAAAAGUGGAGGGGGUAAAAGGUAGUACCGAUGAGUUGAUUUCUCCAUUGCAGAGAAUGGUCAGUGACUGUUCCAGAUUAACCAUGUGUCUUGAAAGUGUUUUAGAUGAAAAAUUGCAGUCUGGGGAUGUGGUGAAACAACUCCAAACUGUUAUUUUCCAGAAGGAUCAAGAGAUUGAUGAUCUUAAUACAAAAGUCAAUGACCUUUCGGUUUCCAAAAGUGUAGUUGAAUCUCACAUGGAAUCACUUCAACAGACGUUGAAAGAAUCAUCUGAAGUCCAUAAUGAGUCAAACCAACAUGCGGAGGUUGUAUUGAAGAGGUUAUUAGUUUCUGUUGGUGCAAUAGUCAAGCAAGAGGACUUGUUGGAUGAUUAUGCUAGUGACAAGUUAUCUCUUGUUGAAAGGGGAAUCUCUCUAAUGAUUGAGAACUAUAAUCAGUUUCUUGUUGAAAUCGAUGGCCUCAAACAAUGUUUGAGUGAGGUUAGGUCGGAUUUCAAUGUACCGGAGGAAAAUGAUUUGGGGUUUUUUUUUGGUGUUGCCUGUGAAGAGCUUUUUUCCUGCAAAAGAAAGGAGGUUGAUUUUGUAUCAAAGUUAAAUCAACUAGAAGCUGAAAAUAGCAAACUGAUGAAGGAACUAGACAAGGAGAAAGAGACGUUAGAAGUGGUGAAGGAAGAAGCCAUCAGAACCAAAGGGGAACUUGAGCAGGAAAAGGUUAGGUCUGCUAAUACAAAAGAAAAGCUUGGCAUGGCCGUCACAAAAGGUAAGGCACUGGUUCAGCAGAGGGAUUCACUGAAGCACUCAAUUGCUGAGAAGACAAAUGAACUUCAGGAAUGUUUGCAGAAAUUACAAGAGAAAUUUGAUUCCCUUGAGGCCGCUGAAGUUACUGCCGAGGAGUUGGUCAGAAGCCAAAUUUUGGCAGUCUCACUUCAGGAAUCGUUGGCACCGAUUACAAGAGAAAUCGAAUUCCCUAGAAGCUGCUGAAGGUACUUCCGAGGAGUUGGUGA